CUCGGGAAGUUUUGACUUUUGAGUUUGACGGCCGGCGGGAUAUUCAGACUUGAGAAAUACCAAUUCAUUUGCUUUCAACUUGUUUCUUUGGUAGUAUCGAUUUUAGUGCUUCGAAGCUUUCCAUCGAGGAAAAAUGGGUGACAGAGCAUCAGUAGAUUUAUUAAAGAUCCUGUGUAUCCAUGGCUACAGACAGACUGGUAAAACUUUCCGAGAGAAGACUGGAUCUUUGAGAAAGGCUCUUAAGAAAAAUGCAGAGUUUGUUUACAUCGAUGCUCCUAAUCUAAUCAAAAGUACGAGUGAUGAGGGUCCUGCAACCAAUGAAGAGAGAGGCUGGUGGUUUUCAGACAAUGAGGGCAGUUUCCGUGCAGUGCAGAAAACAGAUGUCAAUCCAGGCUACAAUGAAUCUUUGGAGACUAUUGCACAAGCUCUGAAAGAACAGGGUCCUUUUGAUGGUGUUCUCGCAUUCAGCCAAGGGGCGGCCAUGCUUGCCUUGAUAUGUGGCCUAAAACAACAGGGCGAUACGAGGUUCCCAUUCAAUUUUGCAAUUUUAGUGGCAGGCUUUAGGAGUCUCAGUUCUGGUCACGAUCAUUGCUUCAAAGAGAAAAUCACUUGCCCAACACUUCAUGUGUUUGGAGACACUGACCAAGUCAUACCUAAAGAAUCAAGUGAGGCUAUGCUACAGUACUUCACAGACCCGGUAAUACUGCAACACACAGGAGGUCACUAUGUACCAGCAACAUCGUCAGAAAAGAAAGUGUACAUCCCUUUCCUCCAAGAGCAAGACAGGAAAAAGAAAGAACAGCCGGAUCCAGCAUCAUGACCUCAACAAAUGUGAUCUUCCAUGAACAAGUUGUUUUUAGUUAUUUUCCGGGCCCAGUGACACAUGUAAAAUAAUGAUUGAUUUUAGAGUAAGAAAGUGUGACAUCAACUUUCCAUUUUUGCAUUUCAUAUUGUCUCGCCUGCAUAGCAGUGCGAGACUAUAGGCGCUGCUUUUCAGACGGCAGCGUCUUGAUAAUCAUAAUACUUAUGGAGGAUAUUUAUUAAGCGCAUAAUAACUAGUGUAGUCCUCUAUGUGCUGUAAACAAAACAUGAAUGUACAUAAGGCAAUAAAACUACCGGGUACCCAUUUAGCACCUAAGUCGAGAGUGGCAAAGUGUGGAUUAAUGCCUUGCCAAAGGAGGCUAGACCACGGUGGGAUUCAAACACAUGACCCUCUGUUUACAAGGUGAGAGUCAGAACCACAACACCAUGGCUCUUCCUCUAUUCUACACUUUCUAAUUUUUUGAGAUCUUUGUCAUGUAAGCCAAAUAAGAGUGCAUUACAGCAGUCAAUCCUUGACACAAGAUAUUCAGAUAUUCAAAAUUCAUUGUCGUGCCCAAAAUAAAAAGAAAUUACAUUGGCAUGAAAAUCAUAUUCCGGCUGUUGGUAAACAAAGGUACAAUGGAUAACAUAUAAUAAAUAUGUAAAAAAAAAUAAUGGCAUUAGAUAAAAUGCAAUGGAAAAAUUACACUGACAUAAUACUAACCCAAAACAAUCUAUAGUGCGCUGCAAGGGCAGCUGCUCUGAAACUCCAGCUGGUGCCAUGGGGGGAACACCCCAAGCACGGUGCAGGUCCAACACAUCCAUGGGCCCCGGUUCGACAUCUAGCAAUCACAAACACCACGUCACAACACAUCACACUCCAAAAACCCACCCAUACCAUACCAUAAUAAUAAACACAUUAGAAAAAUUCCACACCAAAAACACACCCCAUACCACACAUUACAAAAACACAUCACACUGCAACACAACUCACAACACAUUAUACCAAUCCACAUUACACACCACUCAAAUUCAUCAACAACACUGAUGUCGAACAGCACCCAUCCAGUGCUGAUAACCACGCCCGGCGGUCCUCCCAUAGGACCAAGCAGCAUAGCCUCAGCACAGACGCCCCUGCAACUUAUAAAAGUAAUAUAGCAUGACAAUUAAGUUUAUAAAAAAAAAUCAAUUAAUUUGAAAUACAUGUUGGAGUAGGUACUUGUCGGUAUUUCGUCCCAAUUUGAAGCGUAUUGCCCACUAACAAACAGUAUUGCACAUGACAUAGAUUUAGGGGGGGGGUCAUCGUUCAAACUCUGCAUUGUAAAGAACCAUUGCAUUUGUGAGGAAAGAACAUCUGAACCUGCUAGUCCUUAUUCUUGGUAACCGUUUGCGCCUAGACCUAUUAAAACUAUAAAUUAGUAAGAGAUGCGUAUCGUCUCUAAUGAUAUUAUGUAGCUUGUCAAAGACUGCUACAUGUAUGUAAGCUAUGUCUUCUUACUGGGUUAUUGGCAAACCUAUCACUUUACUGGAAGUUUUUAUUGCCUUGCUCAGCCUAUCCUUAUUCUGGGAAGUUAGACCCAAAAAACAGAAAGUAUACUCUCUGGUUCGCCUUUGAGACAAUUUUUUUGUCUCACCUGCAUAGCAGAGUUAGACUAUAGGCGCCGCUUUUCAGACUGCGGCGGCGUCAACAU